AUGGUCAAGGUUUUCCUGGACAUCGACAUCGACGGCGAGUUGGCGGCCUUCCAACUGGGCCAGGCCUUUGUGGAGGCCAAUGACAUCAAGUACUCUUUGAGCUCCAAGGACGUCUUGGCGCUUGGUGGCUCGGAAAUCUCGCGGCUGCCCGAGCUUUUUGAGUCCGACUACGAGUGGAGCCAAAAGGGUCGAGCGCUGUUCAAACCGCCAGAACAGCGAGUAGUUAUCGAGCUCUUCGAAAAGGAGAGCCCGAUGGCCUGCGCCAACUUCAAGGCGUUUUGCACCGGAGAGAAGGGGAAGUCCAAGGAAUCGGGGAAGGAGAUGUGCUACAAGAACGUGCCCUUCCAUCGAAUCCUGAAGGGCUUCAUGAUGCAGGGUGGUGACUUUGUGACGGGCACCGGCGCUGGCGGUGAGAGCAUUUAUGGCAAAAAAGGCUUCAAGGAUGACCCGGGUGGACUGAAGCUGAAGCACGAUGCGAGAGGCAUCGUUUCCAUGUCCAACACUGGCAAGAACUCCAAUACCUGCCAGUUCUUCAUCACCUUUGGUGAUCAAAGCAAGCUGAAUGGCAAACACGUGGUCUUUGGCCGUGUGGUCGAAGGCAUGGAGGUGCGGAAGCCUCGUGCGGAAAGAUACAUUUCUUCUAAAGAGGCCGCGUGGCCAAGAGCUCAAAGGCUUCUUUUUGGAUGGGGUUUGCUUUAA